AUAUAACAUAAUAUUAUAAUUCAAUCAGUAUGGCAACAUCAACAGUAAUGAGCUUAGGUGAACUCAUCGAUUUGGCGAUCGGAACUCCAGAGGUGGGCGUGGUGGACUUCUGCAUGGUCCACACCGUGCUGCACUGCCUGGCGCAGCAGCUGAGAGUCACCAGCAAGCCGGUGGAGCUGCGAGGCCACGCCAUGGCCCUGCCGGCCAGGGACAGAGAGGAGACGGUGGCUGUCAAUGAGUAUGUGAUGGAUCAGGCGGACACAUCUGAUGAUGAUGACGGUGAUGCCUCCGAACCUGACACACCAAGAAAGAAAACUAAACAAAAGACUUUAUUAGUCGUGGAAAAAGUCAAGAAGACUCAGCCAUCCGCCACUCCAUCAGCCCAAGAAGCUUCCCAGGAUCAGCCUACUCCCGAGGGUUCAAUAAUCCAGAAACCUCAGGUGGUGCUGUCUACAGAGAAGCUCGCGUCCUUCGUAACAAUCAGCAGAUUCAACCUCCUGGACGCGACGGUCAGAGACCUGGUGGACAAAGUCUGUGGUGAUGCGUCACCAAGGGAACGGGGAAGGGACCUAAGUCCUGAUUUAGAAGAGGGGAAAGAUCCAUCUGAGAUGAAACCUAAAUCGUCAAGGUCAUUAAAGGAAGGAUCGACUUCUGUAAACAUAUUCUCACGGCUGGAAGCAGCUGAGGAGGAAAUAAUGAAACUAAACACGAUUGUCCAAGACCUCAUUACUGAAAACCCAGAACUGAAAACGACUUCAAAAAUAGACGCAACACAAUCAUCACAUUCUUCAAGAAGAGAUUCACCGCGUCGAUCGCCAGCGCGAGAUCCGACGCAGCAGACUUUGAAAUCGUCAACAAAAUCAGAUCAAGGUCUUCAUCAGGAGACAGAGGAUUGGACCGACAAGAAGAAGUUGUCGAACCUCAAACACACGCUGGACAAAAUAAGAGAAGAGCUAGAGAACGUCACGAACUCUUUCUACACUAUCGUCGCAAAUAUGGACGUGGAAUUUGAUUCGUCACGUUCUGGAUCCAUCCAUCCAUCCACUGAGGAAAGUGCCAUGGCCGAAUCACUUAUAGAAGGCCAGCUUUCAGAAGUGCAAAAAUCAGAUACGCAUCGCCGAUUUAUAUCAUCAACUCGUAUGAUGGAACGGCUAGAUGAGCUGGAGAAACGCUGGCAAGACAGUUUGGAUACAAGCUGUGAUGAAAAGAUAAAAGUGCUUCAACAACAAUUGGACCGUUUGUCGAUGCAAGUGUCGAUGUUUGCUGAUGCUGGGUGUAUACCCACUCCCAACAUUCCUAAAGACUUGGAAGGACUACUGUCGCUAUUUGAAACCGUCCAACAAAUGCAAGAGGAACUAAGGAAGGUGCACGAGACCGCCAUACAACUGGCGGCAGAAAAAGACACCAGACAGUUACGCUUUGAUGCUCUCAUCGAGCAAGUGGAAUAUUUGAAGAACAUCAAGUUGGAUCGUGUGGUGAUGGAGGAGGCGAUGGCUGAGAAGGCAGACCUGCGCAUGCUCGCUCGUAAAGUCUCCUACAAUCAGUUCGAGCUAGCUUGUGAUGAUCUGUCUAAAGGCUUGGAGCACACGCUUGGCAAACUUGAUGUGCAGGAAACUCUCUGGCAACAAGCACUGGACGAUAUCCAGCGAGAGAUCGAGAUGAAACUAGACAAGAUGGAGUUCUCGCCGAUGAAGGAGGCGUUUAACAACAAACUGAGGAAGAUACAAGAGAAUCUGAAGAAGCUGUCCAAAUUCCGCGAGACCGAAGCGGCCGGGACCAAACGACGACUGCUGAAGGACGUGAACUGCAUAUCGUGCGACGCGAAGGCAGUGAUGCCGGCAGAGGCGGAGUCGGCGGUGCCGGUGGCGUGCCCGCUGCCGCCAUCGCUCUCCAUCAAGCCCUACCUAACCUAUGAACUAGAUGCGAUAAGGAAGGCCCAAGCAACCAGCACUCCGCAGCGGAACAUGCGCGACUGGGAGCUCAUCGAGAAACAAAUGCCCACUAAAUAUACCAAGCUCAGCAAAUCCGGAAAAGACAAGCACCUAUGCAACCGCUACUGCGGCGGUUCACAUACGGUCGUCUCGCCGGCGCAACGGGUCGCACGAACGGGACACUUCAUCAAGCAGUGGGGGCCGGACGUCAUACCGCUGGGCUCGGGCCUGGAGCCCGGGGAGGACGGCAGGCUGUACAAAGUGUCUACUGCACAAGGGCCAACGCCGGCUAGCACAGAUAUUGAUAAAUGUACACCGAAACCGAAAGCAGAGAAUGAAAAAACACAAAACUUUACUUCGGAGUGUCAUUGUUUAGAAGAGGAGCCGUAACCGAGAAAAUGGAAGAAUUGAAGAUUUUGUAGUGUAUUUUAAUGAAUCAAAUAAAACAAUUAUU